AUGCCUGUCACCGUUGGGGUCCUCGCUUUGCAAGGCGCUUUCAUUGAACAUGUGAAGCUCCUGAAGACGGCAGCUGAGCAAGAAGGCUUCACAGACUGGGAUUUUAUCGAAGUCCGCACGCCACAAGAGCUGGAGAAGUGCGAUGGACUAGUGUUGCCCGGAGGCGAAAGCACUACAAUGUCUCUUGUCGCAGCUCGCUCUAAUCUCUUGGAACCGUUGCGAGAAUUCGUCAAAGUUCAUCGUAAGCCCACUUGGGGUACAUGCGCCGGUUUGAUCCUUCUCGCCGAGUCUGCGAACAAGACAAAGAAGGGUGGCCAGGAGUUGAUUGGAGGUCUGGAUGUUCGUGUCAACCGAAACCACUUUGGUCGACAGACCGAGAGCUUCCAGGGCCCUCUUGAACUGCCCUUCUUGGGCGAAGGCGCCGCGCCGUUCCCCGCCGUCUUCAUCCGAGCACCCAUUGUCGAGUGCAUAUUACCACCACAGUCAGGCAUUCAAGAGGAGGAAGCUCAGCGCGAGGACACUAUCACCGCACCUUCCAGGCCCGCGAGAAACUCGGUCGCCGAGUCCGCCAAUAAGGACGUCGAGGUGAUGGCCACCUUGACCGGGUCAGCCGCGCGCCAUGCUACGCAAGGCCGCGAUGUCAGCCCAGACCAAGAGCUGGGCGAUGUGGUGGCUGUCCGUCAAGGAAAUGUGUUUGGGACCAGUUUCCACCCCGAGUUGACAGGGGAUUCCAGAAUUCAUGCUUGGUGGUUGCACCAGGUGCAAGAUGCCGUGAAGAGGAGGCAGAAGCGCAGCUCAUAA